AUGCAUCUCAUCUGCUACAGGCAGAAUCUAUUACAGCCAGCAAGGGACACAGAGGAGCAAAGGGUUCUAGUCUGCGGACUAGCGCAACGCGUUCACCACUCUUCGUUGAUAUUUCUAGCUUCCCUGAAUCCUAAUUUUUCUGCGACCGCUAUGCCACUCGAUGAAAUCCAGUACCCUCCAGGAUUUGGGCUCAAGGAUGUUGUAGCAUGGGGGAGCACAGGGCUUAUUAUUCUGGAUGCGGCCACGCAAACUGUCAUCAAAACACCUUUCGAUGACGAAUUCCGCCCUUCAAUCCAGAGAGAACGACUGAUCUACGAGAGGCUUACUGAGCUCGGGGGACACGACGGGAUACUGUCAUACCACGGUGGUGUUGAUGGAGGGGGAAUUCGCCUCGGAUACGCCUCAAAGCAUGACUUGCAGUCUUUUAUCCAACAACAGAACAGUCUCGACCUCCGCCUCCGCCUGCGUUGGAUGAUUCAGCUCGCCGAAACUCUCCAUUUUAUCCACAAUGCUGGCAUUAUCCAUGGUGAUCUAACGACAUCAAACAUGUUCUUGGACGACAGACUCAACCUCAAGCUUGCUGAUUUUGCAGGAUCAUCGAUUGACAUGGAGCCCCUCCUCGUUACUGUCACCGUCAGUUAUGAGUACCCAGGUGAUCUAUUAUCUACACAAGCAGAUAUUUUCGCGGUCGGGUCAGCGAUGUAUGAAAUCAUGACUGGCGAAAGGCCGUAUUCCUCAUUGAGUGAGGUUGACACCCGGAAGCGAUACCAGAACAAGGAGUUUCCAGACAUCGCCUCACUAGGCAGCUUGGGGCAUGUCAUCAGGGCAUGCUGGGAAGGCAGCUACAGCAACAGCAAGGCUUUGGCGAAAGAUCUCAAAGCAAUUCAAGAAACAUCGAACACGGUUGCUAGCGAUACAUGGCUCCCUCACAUUCUCUUCGGUAUUGGUGCGAUCGUUCUGGCUGCUCUCGUCUAUAGGAAGUUAGCGAGAAUAAGUUAA